AUGUAUAGAAAUGCAACAGGUAUUUAAACACAUAGAUUCACAAUCUAUGAAGCUUCAAACUAUGCUACGUAAGUAAAUAAUUAUGUGGUCAAGAGAUAUAUAUUAAUUACUUAUUUUGACAUUCCUAAGAACCCAUUCAUAUUUUCUGCUAUCGGAAAUUAUACGUAAAUAUAAAUUAAUUUAGUUUAGCGAUGGCUCUUCAGGAUGGGGAGUUCUGAAAGUUUAAGUUACAGCAGGAUAUUGCCCAUAAUAUUGUUAAUUAUGUGAAGUAUCAUUCAAAUGUAAGACUUGUAUCUCUGGAUAUUUUUAUUAUCGAAGUGGUAGCUGCAUUAGUGGUUGCUCAGGCCCGUAUUAAAAUUUAAAUGGUUCUUAUUGUUAAGAUUAUGAUGAUGAAACUCCAUGUAACAUAUAUAUAUAUAUUUAGACUCUUAAUAUUUAAUUUAAGAAUAUACAAAUAAAGCCACAGAUCCUGAAUAAUAUUCAUAAUAUACUUUGAUAUCUCAAAAUGGAACUAAUUUUUUAAAAGGAUUAGAUAUUUAUUAUUCAUAUUGGCAAUCAUAUAGAGUAUUUGGAGGUCCUUUUGUUUGGGCUUAAGCAAAAUUCUCAAGAAUUCAUAAUAUCAUUGAUCCACAUCAUAGUAUUUCGAUUGGCUUUUAUAUUCUUUAUGGACCAUCAUUCCCUUCAGAUGGGUUAUUUAUAUAUACAAUUGAAAAUAAUACUCCAGUUUCUAAAUCAAUCCUUAGUUAUUAAUCAUCUAAUUCUGAUGGAUCAAAAUACGAUAGAGUAUAUUCAAAAAUAAUACAUAAUACAAAUACAUUAACUAUUUAAUGGGAAUGUUAUGGACCUAAUAAUGAACCUAUUAAUGCUUACUGUGGAUUUUAUAAUUAUUAUAUAGCUAUUCAUAAAUGUUAACCUUAUUGUUUAUAAUGUUCUGAUUAAAAUACAUGUUAAUUAUGGAAUAGUACUUAUGAUCCAAAUAUUAUUAAAUUUUCAUAAUUAGAAUGUUAAAUUAAUUAAUAUUAUGAUUAAGAUUAAGUUAGAUGUUUAGAUUGUAAAUUAUCUUGUUUAACAUGUAAAUCUUUAAUAGAUUGUUAAACAUGUUAAUCUACUUAUACAUUAAGUAAAUUAGGAUGUAUUUGUAAAAUCAAUUAAUAUGAACAAUCUAAUUAAUGUUUUGAUUGUCCAUUAGAAUGUAAUUAAUGUUUAAGUUCAACUUAUUGUAUAGAAUGUUUAAUUACUAAUAAUAGAUAAUUAUAAAAUGGAUAAUGUAAUUGUAUAGAUGGAUAUUAUUCUAUUAUAUCAAAUCCAUAAUGUUAAAUAUGUCAUUAAUUUUGUAAUACAUGUAAUGGACCUACUUCUAAUGAUUGUAUUAAUUGCAACAAUAUUAUUAAUAUUGAAAUUAUAGGAUCAACUUGUAGAUGUCCAUCAGGAUCAUAUUAUUAAGAAUCAAUAUAAACAUGUUCUUAUUGUCAUUCAUCAUGUUAAACAUGUUUUAGAACAACAAUAGAUGGUUGUUUAACAUGUGAUAUAUCAUUAAAUAGAAUAUUAAUAGGAUUAUAAUGUUAAUGUAUAUCUGGUUAUUAUGAAUUAAAUAAUAUUUGUAUAAGUAAUUAAAUUAUUUAUAAUUAUUAAUAGAUUGUCCAAAUAUAGAAGAUAUAUCUUUAAAUAAAUGUUAUAAAUUAUGCAAUAAUAAUUAAUAUAUAUGGCAUACAAUUAUAUGUAAUUCUUGUGAUAAUGGAUUUUAAUUAAUAUCUGGUGAAUGUUAACCUAUUUGUGGAGAUUAAUAAAUAAAAGGAUAUGAAUAAUGUGAAGAUAAUAAUAAUAUUUUAGAUGAUUUAUGUUAUAAUUGUUAAUAUUAAUGUCCAAUUCAUUGUUUAACAUGUAAUUAAUAUACUAUUUUACCUUGUCCUGAUAUUUGUGGUGAUGGAUAUAUUACUGGAAUUGAAGAAUGUGAAGAUGGUAAUACUAUAUAAUAUGAUGGAUGUUAUAAUUGUAAAUAUUAAUGUUAACCUUAAUGUACUUAAUGUAUUAAAGGUUAAUGUUUUGAAUGUGCUACUGCAGGAUGGUUUAUUGAUCCAACAAUUACUCCUUGGUAAUGUAAAGAAAGAUGUGGAGAUAUGUAAAUUGUUGGAAAUGAAUAAUGUGAAGAUGGAAAUUCAAGUAAUACAGAUGGUUGCAAAGAUUGUAAAUAUUUCUGUAGAAUUGGUUGUUCAUCAUGUGAUUAUACUACUAAAACUUGUUUAAGUUGUGAAUUCCCUGGUUUUGUUCCUAAUUCUUAUUAUUGUAAAAAUAUUUGUGGAGAUGGACUAGUAGUAACCGAUCCUUAUGGAUUCUAUUCAGAAUAAUGUGAUGAUGGUAAUACAAUUAAUUAUGAUGGUUGUAGUAGUUCAUGUUAAUUUUAAUGUUAAUUAUCAUCUAUUUGUACUAGUUGUGUUAAUAAUAGAUGUCAAAUUUGUGCUCCUGGAUAUUAUUUGUCUUCUAAUAAAAUAUGCAUUCCAAUAUGUGGAGAUUUAAUUAAAGUAGCAGUUGAGAAAUGUGAUGAUGGGUUAAUAUUACCAUAUAAAGGAUGUUAAAAUUGUAUUCCAAAGUGUUAAUCUUCUUGUUUAAUUUGCAGUAAUAGUGGACUUGGUUGUCUCUAAUGUAAACCAGGUUAUGAUAGAAUUGAUAAUUUAUGUUAUUCAAUAUGUGGUGAUAUGAUAAUUACAGAUGAUGAAUAAUGUGAUGAUGCCAAUUUUAUUAUAAGUGAUGGAUGUCAUUUCUGUUAAUUUACUUGUUAACAUUCAUGUCUCAAUUGUAUUUAAGGACUUUGUUAUCAUUGUUAAGAUGGUUAUCAAUUAUAAUCAUUUAAAUGUUAUCCUAUAUGUGGAGACGGAAUUUACUAAAAUGAUGAAUAAUGCAAAAUAUUAGACUAAUAAUUAAUAGAGAAAUGUGUAAAUUGUGAAGAAGAGUGUGGUAAGUAUUGUUAAAUUUGUUAUUUCGGGAAAUGCUAACUGUGUUAAGUUGGAUUUUAUAUGCCUUCAAAUACUUAAAUAUGUUAAAUAGAAUAUUAAAAAAUAGAUCGUUGGAUUGAAUAUUGUAAANGUGAUGGAUAUAUUACUGGAAUUGAAGAAUGUGAAGAUGGUAAUACUAUAUAAUAUGAUGGAUGUUAUAAUUGUAAAUAUUAAUGUUAACCUUAAUGUACUUAAUGUAUUAAAGGUUAAUGUUUUGAAUGUGCUACUGCAGGAUGGUUUAUUGAUCCAACAAUUACUCCUUGGUAAUGUAAAGAAAGAUGUGGAGAUAUGUAAAUUGUUGGAAAUGAAUAAUGUGAAGAUGGAAAUUCAAGUAAUACAGAUGGUUGCAAAGAUUGUAAAUAUUUCUGUAGAAUUGGUUGUUCAUCAUGUGAUUAUACUACUAAAACUUGUUUAAGUUGUGAAUUCCCUGGUUUUGUUCCUAAUUCUUAUUAUUGUAAAAAUAUUUGUGGAGAUGGACUAGUAGUAACCGAUCCUUAUGGAUUCUAUUCAGAAUAAUGUGAUGAUGGUAAUACAAUUAAUUAUGAUGGUUGUAGUAGUUCAUGUUAAUUUUAAUGUUAAUUAUCAUCUAUUUGUACUAGUUGUGUUAAUAAUAGAUGUCAAAUUUGUGCUCCUGGAUAUUAUUUGUCUUCUAAUAAAAUAUGCAUUCCAAUAUGUGGAGAUUUAAUUAAAGUAGCAGUUGAGAAAUGUGAUGAUGGGUUAAUAUUACCAUAUAAAGGAUGUUAAAAUUGUAUUCCAAAGUGUUAAUCUUCUUGUUUAAUUUGCAGUAAUAGUGGACUUGGUUGUCUCUAAUGUAAACCAGGUUAUGAUAGAAUUGAUAAUUUAUGUUAUUCAAUAUGUGGUGAUAUGAUAAUUACAGAUGAUGAAUAAUGUGAUGAUGCCAAUUUUAUUAUAGGUGAUGGAUGUCAUUUCUGUUAAUUUACUUGUUAACAUUCAUGUCUCAAUUGUAUUUAAGGACUUUGUUAUCAUUGUUAAGAUGGUUAUCAAUUAUAAUCAUUUAAAUGUUAUCCUAUAUGUGGAGACGGAAUUUACUAAAAUGAUGAAUAAUGCAAAAUAUUAGACUAAUAAUUAAUAGAGAAAUGUGUAAAUUGUGAAGAAGAGUGUGGUAAGUAUUGUUAAAUUUGUUAUUUCGGGAAAUGCUAACUGUGUUAAGUUGGAUUUUAUAUGCCUUCAAAUACUUAAAUAUGUUAAAUAGAAUAUUAAAAAAUAGAUCGUUGGAUUGAAUAUUGUAAAAUAUAAAUAAGGAAUACUUGUGUCUUGUGUGAGGAUUUAGCAUAUUUGGAUCAAAUUUAACAAAUUUGUAAAUUAAAUUUUGAUUCUAAAAAAUGUAUAAAAAAUUGUAGAAUUUGUUAUGAUUAAGUUUGUCUUGAAUGUGAUACUGGAUAUUAUGGAUUUUAAUGUAUACCUUAAUUGGGAGAUGGCAUAGUAGUUGAAGAAGAAAUUUGUUAUGAUUUAAAUAAUUAAAAGAUGAAUGAUAAUAUAGAAUGUUAUUCUAAUUGUGAUAUCAAUUGCAUAAGUUGUAUAAAUGGGAUAUGUGACCUAUGUUUAUAAGGAUAUUAUUUAUUUAACGAUUAGUGUAUAUCAAAUAUUAUUACUAAUAUAUAUUAUGUUAAUGAUAAUUUAGAUUUAUGUGGAGAUUAAAUAAUUAGUAGAAAUGAAGAAUGUGAAGAUUAUAAUAUUAAUCCAUAUGAUGGUUGUUAUUAAUGCAAAUUUUAAUGUGAUGUUAAUUGUAUUAAUUGUCAAUUCGGAAAAUGUUAAGAUUGUUUGACUGGUUAUAUUCUAAAUACUAAUUAUAUAUGUGAACCAGAAUGUGGAGAUGGUAUUUUGAUUCCAUUUACAAGUGAAUAAUGCGAUAAUGAAGAUGAAGAAUGUUAAAAUUGUUAAUUUAAAUGUUAACCUUAUUGUAUCUACUGUAAUUUACAAUAAUGUUUGUAAUGUUUAAAUGGAUUUUAAAUUAAUUUAAAUUAAUGCAUACCUAUUUGUGGAGAUGGAAUUGUAAUUAAUAACUUUGAAGAUUGUGAUGAUUAAAAUGAUGAACAAUUUGAUGGAUGUUUUGAUUGCAAAUUUUAAUGUCAAUAAAAUUGUGAAAUAUGCGAAUAAGGUAAAUGUUUAAACCUAAUUUGUCCUUAUGGAACAAUUUAGCUAGAAGACUAAUGCUAAUCUAUAUGUGGAGAUAAGAUUAUUGGAGGGGAUGAAUAAUGUGAUGAUGGCAAUUUAAUUCAAUAUGAUGGGUGCUAUAAUUGUAAAUUUCAAUGCAAUUAAUAUUGUAAUAUUUGUGAAGAAGGAAUAUGUUUAUAAUGUAUUAUAGAUUAUGAUUUAAUUAAUGCAAUUUGCAUCUUAUAACAAUAGAAUGAUACUGAUAAUAUUGACUAAUCUUAAGAUAGCAAUACAAGUUUUAAUUCUUAUGGUCAUAAUUCAUUAUAUUCAAUUCUAGAUGAGAAUAUGAUAUGCAGAAAAUUUGAAUGCACAUAUUCGAAAAAACCUAAGAUGAAACUCACUUUUGAAUCUUAACAUUUUUCUCUAUAAUAUGUUGAUAUUACUUUUGACUAAUAAAUAAAAUUUAGUGAUCAAGUAAUAAAUUAAAAAAAACUAUUUAAUAUAAGCAUUUAUGAUUUAGAUCCAAAAGAUUAUCAUAUUAUAAUCAAUUCAAUUUAAGAUAUUUCAUUUGAUCUUUAAAAUGCUUAGUAUUAAGUUAUAAUUGAAAUAUUUCAACAAUUUUAAAAUAGACCAAUCCUUUUCAUUUUGUUAAAUUAAGAAAUUAUUAACUCAAAUAAUUAGUCACUAUAAAAUAAUAAUUAAUCAAUUACUCUCUAAUUACCAAAAGUAAUUUCUGAAUCAAUAAAACAAACAUCUAUUAAAGCAUAAUAAUCUAAUAAAGCAUUUAUGAUUGGAGCAAUUAUUUUAUGUAUAAUUUCUUUAGUCUCAGGUGAUAGUUCUGUUGUAGUUGAAACCUUAAAUAUACUAUAAUAUCAAUCUUUCUUAAGAUUUAUUAAUGUUGAGUAUCCUGAAAACCUAUAUAUAUAUUUUUAAGCUUAAGACUUGUUAUCAAUUACUUCUUAUUUAUAAUUUUUCUAGUUAGAUGAUUAUUUAAAUUUAAUAACAAGGAAAGAAUAAUAGAUUGAUUUAAGUGGAAAAUUUAAAAAAUAUAAUAUAGAAGCUGAUCUUUUUACAAAUAUAUUACCAUAGAUAAUAUAAAUUAUUGGAUUGAUAACACUACUUCGUUUCACAAAAAAAUUGCAUAAUUUAUUAUUGAAAUUAUAAAAGUUUAAGGAGGUUAUUUAUUAUCCAAGAUCUCCAAAAUACAAGAUUUUAAUUGUCCUUAUUAAUUUAAUACUUUAUUUUGGAACUAAUAUCAAAUUCUUAAUUAGAAUAAGAUAUCUUUAAAAUUAUGAAUCAAUUCGAUAACUUAUUUACUUAAACUCAUGGGAUUUGAUAUUUAAAAUAAUUUUACAACUUCAUUAUAAUCGAAUUGAUAAUUUAAGAAGUAUUUUAACUACUUCUUUUGCAGCUUUAAUAUUUGUUUUAUAUAUAAACUUUUUACUAUAAUCAUAAAGAUAAUGCAGUGACAUUUAUAACAAAAACACUAAAGCAAAGUUAGAAAUAAAAUUUAUUACAUUAGAUAUGUGCAGAACUUUGUUUUUCCACAUUGUUUUAAUACUAUUCUAAGAUCAAUAAUUCUUAUAGUGUUUACUAAUCUCUGUUAGUAGUUUAACUUAAUGUUGUUUAAUAUAUAAAUAUAAAUAAUGCUCUAAAUUGGAUAGAAUUAUUUCUUUAUUAAUUGAAGGAACUUUAACAGUAUUUAGUUUAAGUUUAUUUUUUUAUAUUAAAAAUGAGUAAGUUUAUGUUUCUUAUGAAAACCAAGUUACUUUAGGAUUUAUUCAUAUGAACUUAUUGAUUUUAAGUCUUGUAAUAGUUUUUGCAAAGCAUUUGAUACUUAAAAUAAGUAAGAUAUGCAAAUUCAUGUGUAAGAAGAAGCAAGCAAAAGUGGCUAGCAAUUUAAUUUUUUUAUGA